AUGCAUGGCCUGUGGCAUCACAUGCAGACAUGAAUUGGUGCUAUGACAUCUGUGCGUCGUUCGAGAACAACACCUUCAGCUUCGACCCCUCGAGCCCAACUCUCUCAUCGUUCUACCUGCGCGGCGCUGAGGCCACUUCCAUUAUCCCCUCGCUCAAAUCUUGCUCUAUUAACCUCGGCGCCAACCUACUCUUUGCUUUUCGGCAUGGGUGUACGAAUGAGACUGUGAAAACGCUUGAGGGUCUUCUGAUGGAGCAGGUUUCGAUUGCCAUUGCCAACAGCACCAAUGGUACCACCAGUGCUAAAUCUUCAUUGCGUGUGCAGCUGCUGCCAAUGGUGCCCUUCGCCUUUCUGCUCGUGAUCACAAUUGUCAUCUUGCCCAUGUGACCGCAUGCUGAUGAUUUUGUGCAUUUCGUUCAAGACACCAGCAGCAUGCGCACUGUAUGCGAGCCAAUGGGAUCCCUUUUAUUUAUUGUGCAUGCGUUGUAGCAUUGCACCUUGACGUAACUCUCAGAGUAGCAAAAUAACUAGAAAAGACAGUA